ACCCUAAGACCUAGAACCUUCCACAACCAUCCAGACCUCCAUCUCUAUCCUCCAGAGAGACACCCAUUUUAAAACCACCGAUCUCCAUCUUCCUCUUCACCAAUUCUCUUAUCACCCAUUGGAAAAAAAAACUAUAAUCAUACCCGAUCCCAACGCAAGCCAAAGCCCAUGGCGUCGAAGCGUCUGAUUCCGACUCUCAACCGCGUUCUGAUCGAGAAAAUCGUCCCUCCUUCCAAAACCAACGCAGGAAUUCUCCUUCCCGAAUCCUCCACCAAGCUCAACUCCGGAAAGGUGGUUGCUGUGGGACCCGGAGCCAGGGAUAAAUCGGGAAAUGUGCUUCCGGUUGCUCUGAAAGAAGGAGAGACUGUUCUUUUGCCCGAGUAUGGCGGUACUCAAGUUAAGCUUGGCGAGAAAGAGUAUUACUUGUAUAGGGAUGAGGACAUCUUGGGCAUCUUACGUGAGUAAAAAUGUUUUCCUUGAUGUUAUCUGUUUUCUGGUGUUUCUUACUAUGGACGAUUUAAGAUGUGCUGUAAUCGAUUCUUAAUUUGAAAUUUAACUUACUAAUUGGGGUGUGGAAGCUUUCGGAGAAAUGAAGGCAACCACUUUUGUUAUUUGCA